CACGAGUUCGAGAAGCGUUUGAUUGAGUGGGUCGGUAAGCAUGCUGGCUGUGGAUGUUGUCAGGUUCAAGCCACGAAUACCGGCUAAGAUAUGCUUGCACCAGUUCUCUCGUUCGGCUAUCAGAAGAGCGCCAGACGAGAUCAGGGCGGUAGAAUUUCGAAUCACCUCUGGGAGGGCGCGUGAAUCUUUAUUGAAGACCAGGAAGAGUUGGGUUGCACAGAAUGUUAUUCUGCACCCGGACGAUGAAUCGAUGGCCGAGUAUUUACCAUUCCACAUUUUUCGAUUCAAGUGCACGGCAAGAUAUACCGCACAGAUAGGUCACGACUACUGGAGUAACGAAUAUGAUAUGUUACAAAAGAAAUACGUGAACAAGAAGAGGACAUCCUGGUCAAGCACAAAUAGAAUCCAUGAAACGUUCAACGAAUGCGGAGCAGAAGGUACCGAUGUCAAUCAGGUGUAUGCAUCCUUCAAAUACAAUGCCAAAGAUGUUGCUCCCAUGAAGGUUGGGCGCGCUCUGGAGAUUGCUCGUCCCCUUACAGAUUCAUAUAUUGGGAACAAGACUGUGGGCAGCUUCCAAAUGUUUCGAACGCGGGCUUGGGAAAUUGUUGAGCAGCGCCUCAAUUCCGAGGAGAAGCAAAAGGCAGAAGACGCCUUGAGAAUGGAGUAUCUCUGUGAUCAAGUUUCAGGGCUGAAAUUAGUGCUUACAUAUGAUGAUAUUCGCCAUGCACAAGUAUAUCUGCCAAGCUAUGUGUUUCAAGUACGGCACUUCGGCGUCAAGUUCCAAAGGUUCGUGAGUGGAUAUGAUGAGAGACAAAUUGGUGGGGAACCACUUUAUUCAGAAUCAAGAGUGGCGGCAGCUUGUAUGGCUACUUUCACCGUUGCUCAUGGUCUGUGGACGGCUGGUUCAAAGAAAUUAGAAUACGCAUUUGUGCCAGAAUUGAUGUACAGUGUGAGCAAUUUUGUCAUCCCAGUGCUGGCUACUGGUAUUUUAGGCUGCCUGUUCUCAUCCUAUAAGCCAAUGGUAGCUCUUUUGUGGUCAACGAGGACACUCAAGAAGGCUGAGAAGCUGAAUGAAGAACACCGCGAACGAACGCAAACGCACACUCAGGAAAAGCAGCACACAUCCACAACCACGACGACUUCACGCAUAAAGGCCUGGAAAUUUCGUAAUCCGUUACGGCCUACCGAUCCGAAAGGCUACUAUGCUAUGUUGGGAGUGGACCCAACUGCCACGAAUGCAGAAAUCAAAGAAUCGUUUCGCAUCAGGGCGCUACAAACGCACCCAGACAGGGAAAGUGACCCAGAGAAGAAGGCGAAGGCAACAGAGCAUUUCAAUUUACUCAAUGAGGCGUAUGCCGUUCUUCGAAACGAGCAAGAGCGUAAAGAGUACGACGAUGGGUGGUGAAAAGCAAUGCGAAUAGGGCCCUAUCAACAUAUAGAGCCAAAUACCAGAAAAAAAAUCUCAAUAAUUAGCACGUGUAUGGUGGACUAAUCCUCGCAGUCUUUGAAUAUAUAUCAACUCAUAUAAUCGAGCUGACGAAGUUAGAAUUGUUGCGACAGGCUCAAAACCAAAAGAUACAUGCUUGCUCAGUGUCUGCACAGAAGUGGGAGUGACUGUGUGACUCCGACACCGCUUAAUAGACUGAAGUCUGUAAAUGUAUACAAAUUUACUGGAAGUGAUAUGGACACAUGGACUUUCUUGCACCCCAUUUUCAGCUCAAGAGCUCAUGUGCCGAUUUAGGUAGGCAGCUUCUCAUGUGGCAUUUCCAGGCGCGCGUAGUAUAUAAUAAGGCAGGCGUUUUGGAUUGAUCUUAAUACCUCCUAUUGGAUUGAUCUUAAUAACAACUUUGCCUCCUGUAUACACAAACCCUUUGACGAUGCUUCUUCAACACGCCAAGUAGCGAUAUAUUGCGUAAUCGUUCCAUGCAAUCUCAGCGUCAGCACUUGAAUAAAAAAUUAUGCAAAUUUCGA